ACUGAUUAAUGAAGUCAUUAAUUAAUUAAGAGUCAGCCAUGUUACGGUUAAUAGCAAUUACGAUAUUAGUAAGUGCCAUUUCAGCGUUUCCUUAUGAUUCAAUCAUCAGCAAAUUAGACGAUGGUGUCCGAUACCAGUACAUGCUUGAUGGCAAUGGAAUCCCACAUCUGGUGGACCUCUGGGGCACCACCAGCGACCUGGUUGAGGCGUCGAGAUACAACCCUGAUGCGGAGAACGUGUAUCAUUUAUUUACAAGGUUAAACCCUACAGUAAGUCAACCCAUGGUCCUUGGCAACAAAGCACUCUUAUCAAACAACUUUGACCCUAAGAAAAAAACUGUGAUACUUAUCCAUGGAUGGAUAGUUGAUAUUAAUGGGAUUCUAGGAACCAAUAUGAUACCAGGUAAAAAAAUUAGACUAAUAUCAUCAUCAUCAUCAUCACCCCAUAUUCGUCCACUGGACAUAGGCCUCUCCCGAUGA